AUUAAUUGUUUAAGGAAGAUAUAUUAUUUAGAAUAUUAAAUAUACCGGGAAAGUAAUUAUAUUUGUGUGGGCGGGUACUCAUGGGUCGGGUUUACCUAAACCCAAACCCAACCCGACCCGGUGAAUAGUGUAGCGGGUUUAAACCCUAACCCGGCUCAAAACCCGUCAACACAGGUUUUACCCGCGUUGACCGGGUUGGGUCGGGUGGGUACCCGUGGGUUCGGGUUUUGUUGCCAUCCCUAGUGAGAUCGGCACCGACGCGACACCUUCAUUUCAUAAUUGCCCAUCAAAACUGGCGGGGGCCAUCUAAGAUUGUGAAAGUGGGGUCACAUUUUCAAAAGUCCGCAAAAAGCCAAAAAGUAGCAGAGAAAGAGCACGAUUUAUUUCUCCUAGAUAGCCGUUAAAAGCUAGCCACUGCAAGCACAGCAGCAGAAGAACGCUCCCCCGUUUGCCUAAAACUCGAUCAUCGUCUUCACUUUCACACGCACCGCCCCCCAGCUCCACUCAUGGCUUCCUAGAAAGGCUCGCAAAAAACCAGUAAUCCCACUCACUCACUUUUCCCUUACCUUUCUACCUAAAAGAGAAAUGGCGGAUUUUGACUUCGGGAACCUCUCCGACACCGACGAUUCCGCCGUCGACGAGCUCAUCUCCCAGACCCAGGACCUCUGCGUCCUCGAACAAGUCUCCAAAAUCAACUGCUCCGGCUUCAACGAUUCGCUUCUCCCUUCCGAUUUGGAAACCCGCUUCCGCAAGCUCAAAUCUUUCCCUGCUUCCUCAACCAGACCCGCCGCCCCUGCCGCUAGUACCGGUGUCGUCCCCAAAUCCAUCUCCAAUUCGAAGAGCGAGCUUCAUCGUCGAAGCGGAAAAGGGUUUGACGAGGGAGUUGAGAGCCAUUCUGAUGAGGGAAGAGUGAACCCAAGCGAUGGGCAAGUGCCAAAAAUGGCUGCUGCCGCGGCGAAGGCUUCUUCUUCUCCCCUGAAUUCCUCGAGUUCUUCGGCGGAUGAAGAGGGUUUCUCGGAGAAUCCAGUUCCGGUGAAGGAUUCCAGGAAGCAAUUCAAACGUGGGUCUGUUUCCUCUCCUUCUGAUUCUUCCAAUUCAUGUAUUGAAGAUGUUAUUUACUCUCAAUCUGAAGAAAAUGCGGUUAGGAUGAUGAGGAAGAGCUCCAAUUCGAACUCAAAAUUGAAGUCGAAGCCGUUCAUUGGUUCUCCUUUGGGGUUGUCCAAUUGUUCCCGGGACUCGCCUUCUCCUCCACGUAAACCAGGAUGUUUUUGGUGCUCUCCCAAGAAACCCACCAGGAAGAAGAGUAAAGAGAACUGGGAUCUGGAUUUGGAUUGGGGAAACGAUGGAGGAGACGAGUUGUUGUCUGAUUUAGGAAUAUUUUCAGCUAAAGAGCAGGAGAAGAUAAUUAGGAAGGCCAUGAAAGAAGAAGAGAGAAUCAACAAGGAGGCAGAGAAAAUUGUGAAGUGGGCAAAACAAGCAUCGGCAAGGAUGAGCUACCAUCACAGGACUGAAGAGGAUGAUGAUGGUCUAAGUGAUGAUGAUGAUGAUGUGACUUCAAAAUAGUUAGUUCGUUCCUAAAUGGUUUUAUAAGAGGUUAAAAGGCUUAACUAUUCCUUUCCCAACAACUCGAGUUAUUGGGAUCAAGUGGUUAGUUCGCUAACAGGUUUUGCUUGCAUAUCAUAUCAAUUCCAUACAUGGAAGAAAUGGUGGAUACGGUAUACAGAUAUAGUAGUAUUAGUAUGUGUGUAGAACAAGCAUAUAGUCGUGAUUACCUUCUAAUCUCUCUUUUGGUUGUAAUGCUUACUAAAACUGGGUGCCUUGU